UCAUUGUUUUACCAUUUCAGUUUUCACACUGUAACCAUUUUAGGAUUUCAUUAAAAUCUUCUCAACAGCUUGGGAAAACUUGUAAACAACUUAUGUUACUCAAAUUUAUUCAUGGCAGUACGACGUUUUCGGCGAAUGGCAACAACUGGUUAUUAUCAAUUUAUUCAAAUGGGCAUGUUAAAUUACAAUUAUAAUUUUGAGGCAGAUGAUGGUGUUUUUAUAUUCAAACCAGUAUAUAUUGUGCAAACAGAAUCCGCAACAACUAUACCUUCAAUCUAUCAGCAGAAACUUUCAAUAACUUCAGAUUUGGACUUUGACGAUGUUUUCAUCUAGAGUAUAUAUCGCAUUGUUCGCUGUCUUGAUCAGUGCUGAAACAUCAUUUGCAAUACUAUGCUCAUCAGAGCGUCCACCUUGCCCUGAGGGAUUUUUCUGCUUCAACAUCACAUGCAACGGGUUGGAUAUAGGACGAUGCACAGAUAUAGACGAGUGCGAAUCGAAUCCGUGUCAGAAUGGUGGCACGUGCAACAACCUGGUGGCCAAUUACACGUGUUCUUGUCCUGCUUUUUGGGAAGGAUAUAACUGCGACGUUUUUACAGUUGAUGCAACCGAUUGUCUUGACCUGCUUAAUGCAGGAAUUACUACAAGUGGAAUAUAUCCAAUAACUCUCUGGUCAACGAACACUAUCAUAGACGUGUACUGUGACAUGCAAACUGAUGGUGGUGGAUGGACAGUUUUUCAAAAUCGUUUGGAUGGCAGUCUUGAUUUCAAUAGAGUUCUUUCCGAGUAUGAAAAUGGUUUUGGUGAUCUAAGUUAUGAGUUUUGGCUCGGUUUAAAACAUGUACAAGAGAUAGCGGCUCAAGGUCAGACAAAGCUAAGGAUUCAUCUGAUAGAUGUAGACGAUAACUUUUUCUACCGCGAGUACAUGGAUUUCUCUCUGACAACUUCAUUGUAUGUCCUGAACAUUGGUGCCGCAAGCGGAACUCCACUUGUUUCUACAUGGGCCAAUUUAGGUUACAACAAUGGUAUGCCAUUCACAACCGUUGAUUCCGACAACGACCAAAAUUUCGGAGACAAUUGCGCUGUAGUAACCCAAUCAGGAUGGUGGCAUAGAUGGUGUUACUGGGUUAAUCUCAAUGGUCAGUAUGCAACUCCGGGUACUGCCACAAUUCUUGGAAGCGGAUGGCAAUUGGGAAUUGUUCAUAGGGGCUUCACAGAUUGGAUCGCAUUUAAAUCCUCAUCGAUGAUGGUUCGCCGAAUUUAAAUACAAUGAACUACACUAAGCCUUCAAAAAUAUAUAAAGUAAAAUAGAG